UCCAACAACAACCACAGCAGCUCCAACCACAGCAGCUCCAACCACUACGACAGAAGCUCAAACUACAACCACAAUAGCUCCAUCAACAACCACAGGAGCUCCAACUACAACAGCACCUCCAUCAACAACCGCAGCGACUCCACCUACAACCACAGCAGCUCCAACAACAACGACUGCAAUGCCAACCACAACCACAGCAGCUCCAACAACCACGGCAGCUCCAACCACUACCACAGAAGCUCCAUCAACAACUGCAAAUCCAACCACAACCACAGGAGUUCCAACCACAACCACAGCAGCUCCAACUACAACAGCACCUCCAUCAACAACCGCAGCGACUCCACCUACAACCACAGCAGCUCCAACAACAACGACUGCAACGCCAACCACAACCACAGCAGCUCCAACAACCACGGCAGC